AACGAACUCGCUCAAUCCAUUUGCUGUGGCUGAUGUCAAGUGACCGACUUCCGCCCCAUGUCUUCAGUUCUGCAUCAGCCGGCAAGCAGUUGAGAAACGACGCCAGGGGAGGUAGACGGACAGAUGUUGUCAAACGAAGGAAUGGAAACCUGACAUUAACUUUGAAUAGGAAAAGAGAGUAAACAUCGUCGUGGGCAGCUGUCGUAUGUGGACGCGGUGGUGAAACUGGAGGGAAUAGGGCGACAGAGAGAAGCUGAUGAAUACGUUUCAUUUGAGGAGGCGGACCCCUGACUGCGUCUUCGAUAUGCUGAAAGCAGGCCCGGUGUGUUCAUACUGUAUGUGGAAGUACAGAUAGGCUACUAUUUUGUCUUUAUUCAAUCAUGAGGAUCGGAUACAUUGUACUUUAAACCGCGUUGGACACACCGCGUAUUAUUUCCUGGCCACGAGCCAAUUUAUUUGGUCGUGUGUUUUUUCAGAUAGAAGAUACCAUACUUCUACCCAUUUGCACUUUUUUCUUUGGAAGUUGACUUUAAAGUAGAGUAUGCUACCGGUCUGUCUCAGAGCUAGCUUUAAAUCGUUCUAUAAGAUCUGAGUAACGGAUGAGGGGAAUCGCUUGAGGUCUAGCCUACUUCAUGCCACGCACCUGAGCAGGCCUAUCAUUUUUGGAUGGAGUUUUGAAGUAUUAUGGCCUAAUUUUUGACGUUGCGAACACUUGAAUUAGAUACCUUUUGUAGAUAGGCCUAGCCUAUUCAUUGUCAUUCUCUAUAGCCUAUAGAUGCAAAUAGUGGAGCAUUUCUAAACACCAACAGCUCCUAGUCUAUUUCGCUGUUAUCUAUUCAUAUGUGGUAUUUAUCUAAACACAGCGGGUUUUUUAAAGGUGAUGCAUUUUAUCUAACUGUCGUCUGACGUUUCAUUCUUGUGGCUCGACAUAUUCGAAUAUUUAUAUCCCAAACGCAAUUCUCCGGGUAGUCUUUACACCCGGUGGAAUCCUUGGAGAAAGCGUUCCAUUUCGGAAUAGCCAUUAUUUUUGUAUUAAUUCUCUCUUCACACGGAAAAUAAUUAGUGGCUUCCCCCACAAUGAGUUACUUCUACCAAGCAGUGCUUCUAUUGCUACGUGGACUCGUCAUCUCUGCGGUACUGGGAUUGGAAAGCAGUUACUCAACCGAUCUGUCGACCCGUGCUUCUAAUGCCGCAAUUGUAGCCACUACAGACCCCUGUCUGACAGUGAUGCCUCCAUGCAUGGGUGACGCAGACCGUUUCAGCCUGGAGGCCCUCCGGGUCAUUCACAAACAGCUGGAUGACGACAAUGACGGGGGAAUCGAGGUCAACGAGAGUGUAGAGUUUAUUAGAGAAGAUAUGAAGCAACAACAAACGAACAAACACAGUAACCUUCACAGGGAAGACCAACACAUCACUGUGGAGGAGCUGUGGAAGGGCUGGAAAACCUCUGAAGUUCAUAACUGGACGACGGAGGACACGGUCCAGUGGCUGAAGGAAGCUGUGGAGCUGCCUCAGUACGAGAUGAGCUUCAGAGAGUUCCGGAUCAAUGGAAACACUCUUCCUCGAUUAGCGGCGAACGAACCGUCGUUUAUGUCGGGUCGGCUAAAGAUAUUAGACCAGCGGCACAAACAGAAACUGAAUCUCAAAGCGCUAGACGCUGUGCUCUUCGGCCCUCCCUCACGUCCGCAACACAACUGGUUGAAGGACUUUGUGUUGAUGGUAUCUAUAGUGAUUGGGGUGGGAGGCUGCUGGUUCGCUUACAUCCAGAACAAGUCUUCCCGGGUCCACAUGGGACAGAUGAUGAAGGACUUGGAGAGCCUGCAGAGUGCUGAGCAGAGCCUCAUGGACCUACAGGGACGGUUGGAGAAGGCCCAGGAGGAGAACCGCACAGUGGCGGUUGAGAAGCAGAACCUGGAGCAGAAGAUGAGAGACGAGAUCAGCGGGGCCAAGAAGGAGUCGUACCGCCUCCGGGAGCUCCGUCAGGGUGCCGAGUGUGAGCUCAGCCGCCUCAAAUACGCAGAGGAGGAGCUGGUGCAGGUUCGUAUGGCCCUGAAGCGGGCGGAGAAGGAGAUGCAGACAGAGUGGUCGGUGCCAGACGCCCUACAGAUGUGGCUCCAACUCACCCACGAGGUGGAGGUCCAGUACUACAACAUCAAGAAACACAGUGCGGAGCUACAGCUCAUGGUCGCUAAGGAAGAGGCAGAGAAAAUCAACAGAAAGAGGAGUAGUGUGUUUGGGACCCUUCACGUCGCUCACAGCUCAUCACUGGACGAGGUGGACCACAAGAUCCUAGAGGCCAAGAAGUCCCUGUCGGAGGUGACGGCUUGCCUGAGGGAGCGCCUCCACCGCUGGCAGCAGAUGGAGAAGCUGUGUGGUUUCCCCUUGGUGCACAACGCUGGGCUUCCCAGCCUGACUGCCACCCUGUACUCAGACCACAGCUGGGUGGUCAUGCCCCGCGUCUCCGUGCCCCCCUACCCCAUCGCCGGUGGGGUGGACGACCUCGAUGAGGACACUCCUCCAAUCAUUCCACAGUUAACCUCAGCCUCUAUGAUGCGGCCCCCUUUAACACGCAAUAGCAGCCUGUGCCGUUCCCGCCGGAGCCUCUACAACACUUCAAUGACGUCAGCUGACCCCGACCUGCUCUCCAUGACCAGCUCACCCCUCUCCUAUCAUCCCGAGGGGGAAGAGGGAUAUAUCUUCUUCAUGGAGAGAAAGGGGGAUACUCAGGACACGUGUUCAGACACAGACUCUCUCAACUCCUCCAAGGGGCGUAAACAGUCCUACACCAACCCCUGCACACCGGGCCCAGAGACCCCCUACCGCAAGAUCUCCCGUGAGGAGCUGAUGAUGCUGAGCCAGCAGGAGCCUCAGUCUUAUGUCCGGGACUCACCUCCUCCUCAAGGGGGAUCCUCGGCCCCCUCCCCAGCCCUGGAGCACCACAGACACAAACACAAGGGUUCGCCCGACCUCACCCGUGGAUCUAUCCCAGAGUCCCACAGCAUGUCCUUCGCCACUUCGUCAGCAGGCAACAAGGCCAUGUACAACGGCAUCCUGGAGAAGUCCUAUAGCAUGGGCCAGCUGCACGCGAGCAUGACAGGGGCAGGCGGGGUAGCGGUUGGGCGCUACCCGUCCCUCACCUCAAUGGACAAUGAGGGCAGGGGGGCGGGGGCCAAGGAGCAGAAGCAACCGAGUACCUCCUCCCAGGACUCCAGUGGCAACGGAGACAAGGCCAAGAGGUCCUCGUCCAAAAUCAAGAGCUUGUUCAAGAAGAAAAAAUAGUCCUACACACACAGAGAGAGGAGAGAUUCUAGCCUUAAUAAAAAAUGGCCGUCAUCAAACGAAGCCAAAACAUUAUUUUUGUUCCUUUUUUUUCUCUUCAAAGAUGGAAUGUAUCUCUGGCUGGACCCCUCAGACCUCUUCCAGAUCGGUAGCCUUAUUUUUCAAUAAUGCCUUUUUUUUUCACUCAUAGGGCGCUGCUGAUGCAUACCAGAUCUGACAUACACCUGGAUAGGUAUUUUACUUAUCAGCUGACCACAUCAUAUGUUGUAGCAAUCUGUCAGUCGAUGAUGUGGCGCUCAAGCAUUGGUUGAUGCAUGCAACGUAUGAGUAGGGUAACGCGACCAUAGCCUCACAUUUUAAGCCUUCAAAGGUCACAGAAAAGUCAAAAGGUCAAGGGUCGUGCCAGCUACCGUCGCCCAGGCAAUCGUGAAGAGCAUUAGCCUGGUCACUUCUCUUGUCUUCUCUUGUUCUUUUUGAGUUAAAGAACCCCAAAAUAAAUAACACUUGUUCUAUCUGGAAACUGAGGGGGUUUACAUGGUGGGCUUGUUAGCUUGACAUCACUUCCUGUCUGACAGAGGCUCCUGAGCUCUGGACUCAUUUCCUUUUGAGAAAUAAAAAUCCUGCUGAAUUUGUUGCACUACUGCCUUCCUGUUUUCUGGGAAAGGACCGCCGCUGCGUGCGGAGUAAAUAUUGAUGUGUAGAAGAGAAUGAUGUAUGGAUAGAGGCCUUGGGGAGAUGCAACAUGUGGUAGACUAUUGCAGCCAGAACCAGUUGGUGCGUUUUCCAAUGUCUCUCGUUAUGGAUUGUUCUAUAUAUAUAUACACACACACACACACACACACACACACACACACACACACACACACACACACACACACACACACACACACACACACACACACACACACACACACACACAGAGAGUGAGGUUCGAAAUUGACACCCUUGAUGAAGAUGAGCAAUAAUGACUAUAAAAUAAAUAAUUCAAAUAAUGAGCUAUAUUCUAUUCUAAAAACAAUUCUACUAUACUGAACAAAAUAUAAACAACAAUUUCUAUGAUUUUAUUUAGUUACAGUUAAGGAAUUCAGUCAAUUUAAGUAAAUGCAGUAGGCCCUAAUCUCACAUGACUGGGAAAUACAGAUAUGAAUCUGUUGGUCACAAAUACCUUUAUAAAAGGCAGGGGCGUGGAUCAGAAAACCUGUCAGUAUCUUUUGUGACCACCAUUUGCCUCAUGCAUUGUGGCACAUCUCCUUCGUAUAGAGUUGAUCAGGCUGUUGAUUGUGGCCUGUGAAAUGUUGUCCCAUUCCUCUUCAAUGACUGUGAGAAGUUGCUGGAUAUUGACGGGAACUGAAACACGUUAUCGAACAUGUCGAUCCAGAGCAUCCCAAACAUGCUCAAUGGAAGACAUGUCUGGUGACUAUGAAGGCCAUGGAAGAACUGGGACAUUUUCAGCUUCCAUGAAGUGUGUACCGAUCCUUGUGACAUGGAGCCGUGCAUUAUCAUGCUGAAACAUGAGGUGAUGGUGGGGGAUGAAUCGCACGACAACGGGCCUCCAAGAUCUCGUCACAGUAUCUCUGUGCAUUCAAAUUGCCAUCGAUAAAAUGCAAUUGUGUUCGUUGUCUGUAGCUUAUGCCUGCCCAUACCAUAACCCCACCUCCAUCAUGGGGCACUCUGUUCACAACGUUGUUCUCAGAAAACCGCUCGCCCACACGGCGCCAUACCCGUGGUCGGCCGUUGUGAGGCCGGUUGGACGUACUGACAAAUUCUUUAAAACGAUGCUUACGGUAGAGAAAUAAUUUAAUCUGGCAACAGUUCUGGUGGACAUUCCUGCAGUCAGCAUGCCAAUUGAACGCUCCCUCAAAACAUCAGACAUCUGUGGCAUUGUGUUGUGACAAAGAAACUGUACAUUUUAGAGUGGCCUUUUAUUGUCCCCAGCAUAACGUGCACCUGUGAAAUGAUUAUGAUGUUUAAUCAGCUUCUUGAUAUGCCACAUCUGUCAGGUGGAUGGAUUAUCUUGACAAAUGAUAAAUGCUCACUAACAGGGAUGUAAGCAAAUUUGUGCAGAAAAUUUGAGAGAAAUAAGCUUUUUUGUGCAUAUGGAACAUUUCUGGGAUCUUUUAUUUUAGCUCAUGUUGCGUUUAUAUUUUCUCUUUAGGGUAAUACAAUUGCUCAGAGGAAGAGAUUUUGUUUAACAACUUAUACAUUUUUUUAGUUGCUGACAGCCCUAAAGUUUCUUAUAAAUAAAUAGUCAAAGUGUAGUAUUUGGUCCCAUAUUCCUGCUACGUAACGACCACAUCAAGCCUGUGACUACAAACUUGAUGGAUGCAUUUGCAGUUUAUUUGGUUGUUUCACACUCUUUUUUUGUUGUUGUUUUUCCCAGGAAAAAUGAAUGGUAAUUAAUUCUGUCAUUUUGGAGUCACUUCUCUUAUAAAUAAGAAUAUAAUAGUUUCUUAACUUCUAUUGACUUUUGGUUCUGAACGCCUAAUGAGUCAAAGACGACCUCCACCCUGCACAUCCUCGAUGUGAUGUAACAAUCGAAACGCUUUCAUUCUAUGACGUAAUUCCUUUGAAGCAUGCCUCUCUGAGUGACAAAUACUGGAGAAAAAAGUCUAAGUAAUUUACUGAAGACAGCAUUGUUAUAGAAUAUGUUUCUGAACAUUUCUACAUUAAUGUGGAUGCACAAUUCAUUCAGGAUUUUCCAUAAUCACGGUACCAAGUGUUUAGAAACAUAUUCUAUUUUAGAAAUGAGGCCCGAGGGGGUGUGGUAUAUGGCCAUUAUACAAAUCAAGUUUAUUUUAUAUAGCCCUUCGUACAUCAGCUAAUAUCUCGAAGUGCUGAACUAAAAUAAACGCAAUAUGCAAUCAUUUCUAAGAUUUUACUGAGUUACAGUUCAUAUAAGGAAAUCGGUCAAUUUAAAUAAUGUCAUUAGGUCCUAAUCUAUGGAUUUCACAUGACUGGGAAUACAGAUAUGCCUCUGUUGGUCACAAAUCAAAUCAAAUCAAGUUUAUUUUAUAUAGCCCUUCGUACAUCAGCUAAUAUCUCGAAGUGCUGUACAGAAACCCAGCCUAAAACCCCAAACAGCAAGCAAUGCAGGUGUAGAAGCACGGUGGCUAGGAAAAACUCCCUACAAAGGCCAAAACCUAGGAAGAAACCUAGAGAGGAACCAGGCUAUGAGGGGUGGCCAGUCCUCUUCUGGCUGUGCCGGGUGGAGAUUAUAACAGAACUAUGCCAAGAUGUUCAAAAUAUUCAUAAGUGACACGCAUGGUCAAAUAAUAAUCAGGAAUAAAUAUCAGUUGGCUUUUCAUAGCCGAUCAUUAAGAGUUGAAAACAGCAGGUCUGGGACAGGUAGGGGUUCCAUAACCGCAGGCAGAACAGCUGAAACUGGAAUAGCAGCAAGGCCAGGCGGACUGGGGACAGCAAGGAGUCAUCAUGCCCGGUUUGCCGUGACGUAUGGUUCUAGGGCUCAGGUUCUCCGAGAGAGAGAAAGAAAGAGAGAACGAGAGAAUUAGAGAGAGCAUACUUAAAUUCACACAGGACACUGGAUAAGAUAGGAGAAGUACUCCAGGUAUAACCAACUGACCCUAGCCCCCCGACACAUAAACUACUGCAGCAUAAAUACUGGAGGCUGAGACAGGAGGGGUCAGGAGACACUGUGGCCCCAUCAGAAGAAAUCCCCGGACAGGGCCAAGCAGGAAGGAUAUAACCCCACCCACUGUGCCAAAGCACAGCCCCCACACCACUAGAGGGAUAUCUUCAACCACCAACUUACAAUCCUGAGACAAGGCCGAGUAUAGCCCACAAAGAUCUCCACCACAGCACAAACCAAGGGGGGGCGCCAACCCAGACAGGAAGAUCACGUCAGUAACUCAACCCACUCAAGUGACGCACCCCUCCCAGGGACGGCAUGAAAGAGCACCAGUAAGCCAGUGACUCAGCCCCUGUAAUAGGGUUAGAGGCAGAGAAUCCCAGUGGAGAGAGGGGAACCGGCCAGGCAGAGACAGCAAGGGCGGUUCGUUGCUCCAGAGCCUUUCCGUUCACCUUCACACUCCUGGGCCAGACUACACUCAAUCAUAUGACCUACUGAAGAGAUAAGUCUUCAGUAAAGACUUAAAGGUUGAGACCGAGUCUGCGUCUCUCACAUGGGUAGGCAGACCAUUCCAUAAAAAUGGAGAUCUAUAGGAGAAAGCCCUGCCUCCCGCUGUUUGCUUAGAAAUUCUAGGGACAAUUAGGAGGCCUGCGUCUUGUGUAGCGUACGUAUAUAGGUAUGUACGGCAGGACCAACUCGGAAAGAUAGGUAGGAGCAAGCCCAUGUAACGCUUUAUAGAUUAACAGUAAAACCUUGAAAUCAGCCCUUGCCUUAACAGGAAGCCAGUGUAGGGAAGCUAGCACUGGAGUAAUAUGAUCAAAUUUCUUGGUUCUAGUCAGGAUUCUAGCAGCCGUAUUUAGCACUGACUGAAGUUUAUUUAGUGCUUUAUCCGGGUAGCUGGAAAGUAAAGCAUUGCAGUAGUCUAACCUAGAAGUAACAAAUGCGUGGAUUAAUUUUUCUGCAUCAUUUUUGGACAGAAAAUUUCUGAUUUUUGCAAUGUUACGUAGAUGGAAAAAAGCUGUCCUUGAAACAGUCUUGAUAUGUUCGUCAAAAGAGAGAUCAGGGUCAAGAGUAACGCCGAGGUCCUUCACAGUUUUAUUUGAGACGACUUUACAACCAUCAAGAUUAAUUGUCAGAUUUAACAGAAGAUCUCUUUGUUUCUUGGGACCUAGAACAAGCAUCUCUGUUUUGUCCGAGUUUAAAAGUAGAAAAUUUGCAGCCAUCCACUUCCUUAUGUCUGAAACACAGGCUUCUAGCGAGGGCAAUUUUGGGGCUUCACCAUGUUUCAUUGAAAUGUACAGCUGUGUGUCAUCCGCAUAGCAGUGAAAGUUAACAUUAUGUUUUCGAAUAACAUCCCCAAGAGGUAAAAUAUAUAGUGAAAACAAUAGUGGUCCUAAAACGGAACCUUGUGGAACACCGAAAUGUACAGUUGUUUUGUCAGAGGACAAACCAUUCACAGAGACAAACUGAUAUCUUUCCGACAGGUAAGAUCUAAACCAGGCCAGAACUUGUCCGUGUAGACCAAUUUGGGUUUCCAGUCUCUCCAAAAGAAGGUGGUGAUCGAUGGUGUCAAAGGCAGCACUAAGGCAGCACUACCACGGCUAAGGGCUGUUCUUAAGCACGAUGCAACGCGGAGUGCCUGGAUACAGCCCUUAGCCGUGGUAUAAUGGCUAUAUACCACAAACCCCCGAAGUGCCUUAUUGCUAUUAUAAACUGGUUACCAACGUAAUUAGAACAGUAAAAAUAAAUGUUUUGUCAUACCUGUGGUAUACGGCUGUUAGCCAAUCAGCAUUCAGGGCUCGAACCACCUAGUUUAUAAUCUUAUUUAUAAUAAAAGUGACUCCAAAAUACAUUAUUUACCAAUAAUUUCUACUGAGCUCAAAAUAAUCUGAAACGCAACCAAAACGAACAGCAAAUGCAUCCAACAGGCUUGAGGUAGUCGUUACGUGGCAGGAAUAUGGAACCAAAUACAAACAUGUUGACUCAUUUCUUUUUUAAGAAUCUUUAGGGGUGCCAACAAUUUUGACCCUUUUUUGAGGGUAAAAAAUAAUUACUUGUUAAACAAAAUCUACUGAGCAAUUUGAAUUCGUAUAAAAAAAUAUAUAAUUUUCCUUUUAUUUAUUUGUAAUUUUUGUUGCAAUAUAGCUCAGUGUUUUGAAUUAUUUAUUGUAUACAAUUAUUAUUGCUCAUCUUUAUUGAGGAGGUCAAUAAUGUCAGACCUCACUGUUUAUACACUUUGUUUUGUCAUUUUGUUCUUGUAGAUGUUUUGUAGACAAUGUGAUUUCUAUUGGUGGGGGUUCACAAGGACUGACUGGUGUUUACUGAGGAGAGCUAAAUACUAUCCAGAUUUGACCUGUACUUGUCGUUGUAAACUUUCCUAAGCUUUUCCUGAAUAUUUUACCAUUACUUUCACCUGUUACUUCUCAACUUCCUUUCCCAUCAUUUACAUACGCUAUGAUAGGGACUGGUCACUAGCAACAUACAUAGUAGGAGACAAGCUAAACUGAAGAGUGAAGUUAAUUGUUGCUAUUUUACGAUAUACAUUUGUAAUAUCAGAAGUCUGCAGAUGUGACAAAUUAGCUUUCAUAGCACAUCCCUACAUUCUUAUACCUACAGUCACCCCUUUACACCUACAGUCACCCCUUUACCCCUACAGUCACCCAUUUACCCCUACAGUCACCCAUUUACACCUACAGUCACCCCUUUACCCCUACAGUCACCCCUUUACCCCUACAGUCACCCAUUUACCCCUACAGUCACCCAUUUACCCCUACAGUCACCCAUUUACCCCUACAGUCACCCAUUUACACCUACAGUCACCCAUUUACCCUCACUGUCCAUCAAAUCCCUGCCUCACCCCUGUCCCCUCUAAACCUCCCUGUCCAUCAAAUCCCUGCCUCACCCCUGUCCCCUCUAAACCUCCCUCCCUGUCCAUCAAAUCCCUGCCUCACCCCUGUCCCCUCUAAACCUCCCUCCCUGUCCAUCAAAUCCCUGCCUCACCCCUGUCCCCUCUAAACCUCACUGUCCAUCAAAUCCCUGCCUCACCCCUGUCCCCGCUAAACCUCCCUGUCUGUCCAUCAAAUCCCUGCCUCACCCCUGUUCCCUCUAAACCUCCCUGUCCAUCAAAUCCCUGCCUCACCCCUGUUCCCUCUAAACCUCCCUGUCCAUCAAAUCCCUGCCUCACCCCUGUUCCCUCUAAACCUCUCUGUCUGUCCAUCAAAUCCCUGCCUCACCCCUGUUCCCUCUAAACCUCUCUGUCUGUCCAUCAAAUCCCUGCCUCACCCCUGUUCCCUCUAAACCUCUCUGUCUGUCCAUCAAAUCCCUGCCUCACGCCCUCACCCCUCUCAUUGUUCUGUGUUUGCUCACCUCUGGGCCUAUAGACUGAGUGCUCUGUUUCAAGGGUUCUCUGUUCUCACUGUGAUUAUACUGCCCUCGCCCCUUCAUCUCGGACAAGCCGUCAUUACUGUCACGUCAUCCCUGUAACCCGUGACGGAGCUGAUGUCGCGGCCUGUUACGGUGAUGACGCGAAUGGGAUGACACAACGGUUGUAGGUGGCGGCGUUCCCACCGGGAACGAGAGUAUACGUGCUGUUACGGCACACGGACCCAAAAAUAAGGAGUUAUAGAUGAGCAGAACAUAUGAAUGUUUACGAGACGUUAGGGGAUUUUUGAACAUUUGGUGUGUGACUAUUUGUAUACCGUAGACAAAUUAAUAAACAAAACAUUGCUGUC